AAAUGGUGCAUUUUCUGACAGAUAACUUCAAGAUUUUAUUUGGAUGAGGACUUUUAUUCCUUUCAUUUAUAUUAUAUUAUCUAUAUUUCAGAAAGAGCUUUGCGAAAAAAAGACAGGAAGGUUUUUCUAUUAUAAAAGCUCGGGCAAAAUCAGAUCCUUUUUCAGGAUUCCCUGCUCCAAAAGUAGUCGAUCCAAAAGAGUAUGUUUACCUGACAAAGAAUGAACUAGCAGAAUACAAUGGAAAGAAUGAGAAGACUUACAUUGGGGUUAAAUACGAUAUUUUUGAUGUUACAGACAACCAACCAAUGUAUGGACCUUCAGGAUCCUAUCAUUUCUUUGCAGGAAAAGAGACUACAAUUGCUAUGGCCAGGAAUUCUACCAAGACCGAAGAUAUAGAGCUAGAUUUCUAUGAUGUCAAAUUUACUAGUGAUGAGGAAGAGGCUUUAGAAAGCUGGUACAAUUUCUUCAAGAGCAAGUAUCCUCUUGUUGGAAAAGUAGUUAGGGGGAAGGAGACAUAGAAUUCU